AUGAGCAGCCUACGGGAGGGCGCGGCGGCGGCCGAGGCGCCGGCCUGGAAGCUGGCCCUUCUCGAGCGCAAGCGGGCCAAGCUGGCGGCCGGCAUGGGUCUCGAGCGCGGCCGGGGCCCUGUUCCGCGGCUCGGCCAGGGCCCCGACGGACGCGAGGCGGGGACGGUGGUGGCCGAGAGUCUGGGCCCGCUGCGGGAGAACCCCUUCAUGCGCCUGGAGAGCGAGCGGCGGCGGCGGCGGCGGCGGGGCGCCUGCGAUCUCCCGGGGACGGCCGCCGCCCCCUCGCCCGCCGCCGAGUCCCCGGCCCUGGCGCAGCUGCUCCAGCUCUACGGCGCCGUGCCGGGCAUCCGCACCAUCCGCGCCGACAACAUCCUCAUCAUCGAGUCCAGCGACCCGGCGGAUCCCGCGCAAGGCGGCGGCGGAGCGGGAGACGCGCCCGUCCGUCAGAGCCCCCUGCGGGACCUGCUCGCCCGUGGCGGCCCUCCCGUCACCGAGAUCCGCGCCGCCCAAGUGGUCGUCUACGAGCCCGAAGCGCCGCCGAUCGCCGCCGGCCCCGAUUCCGGUCUGGUCAGCCGGCUGCUGCAGAAGUUCGACCGCGCGGCGAAAGGGAAGAGGCGAGGGGGCGAGGACCCCGCCCCGCCGGUGCCUCCGCCGCCCCGCUCCCCCGCCGCCUGCCCGGACCUCCCGCCCGGCGCUCAGGGCGGCGGCGGCUUUUUCUUGCAGAAGAUCGGCUCCAACUCCUUCGUGGUGAAUCCGCGGGGACACCGCCCCGGCCUCUCAGCCGUUUCUGCGUCCGGUAACGGGCGUGCGAGGGUGGAGGAGGACGCUCCGCCUUCUCCCAGCGGUCCCGAUCAGCGCGGGGCGGCCGCCGUCUCCAAAGCCGUGCCAUCCUCCCAGAGCCCCGCGGCUUCGUUCCCGCUGGAAGCUGAGGCGGGGAAGCCAAAGCCCAAGGCCACCGCCGCCCUUGAGGCCUCGCCACAGCCGCCGCCAACCAGUGCCACUCCGGACAGUCCGUCCGGGCCCAGCCCGCUCUUCAGCUCCAGCUGCUCCUUUGAAAUCUGCCCCACCCCAAAGCCGGACCUCGCCGCCAUCCCUGCUCAUGACCUGCAGGCGCGCGCCUUGGCCAGCUUGCGGCUCAGCUCCCGCAACUCCUUCCUCUUUGUGCCCCAACGGAAAGCGGAGCCCCCUGGCCCUCCGAAGCCCCGGCCGGCCCCUUCCUCUUGGCCCAGAGAGGCCCUCCCGUCCGAGCCUCUGGUGCCCGUGACUGACAUAGAUGAGGACUUGGUGGCAGCCCUGCCUCCCUUGAAAGUCUUGAGCCCCAGGCUGGAGGGCUUCCAUGUGCCCCGAGAAGGUGGCCUGGCUCGGGAGAUGCUGGAGCCUGCCUUGCCCACCUCUGGGCCCUUUUCCACUGGUUAUGUCACUCGCAGCAGCACCUUCACCGUAGUGCCCAAAAGGAAGCUCCCCACGGCCGGCCUGGAGCCCUUCAGCGGAGCCUGGCUACAGGAGGAGGAGGAGGGAGAGGACAGAAGCCAAAGGGAAGCCCAGAUGGGAGCCCUCCAGCAGGAGGAAUCGGGUCGCAUCAAAAAACGGUACCCCACUGUCAAUGAGAUCGAAGUGAUUGGCGGCUACCUUUCGCUCAAUAAAUCCUGCAUGAGCAAAACGGGUAUUCGGCGCAAAAAGAUGAAAAUAUCUUUCAAUGAGACCAGCUUGCAAACCACGUUUGAAUAUCCAUCCGAGAGCUCCUUGGUAGAUGAGGAGGAGGAGGAGGAGGAGGAAGAAGAGGAGGAAGAAUACGCCACAGAAGUAGAUGAGAAGCCUGCCUUUCUCAUUCCUCGUCCAACCACUACUGUCAACUCCAACCCAGUCAACUCAGGUCUGUCAGGUUACACUCCAAAGCACUCCUUGGGCUUCAACCAGUGGCAGGAGCAACAGCACAAGAAGCCGCUUUCAAGCAUUGGAGCCUUUCUACAGAACACUGACAAGCCGGACCAACGGGUCAUGCUCACCCCUGCCGAAAAAAGCCACCUGUCUGACUUCAGUAGCGAACCGGCCCUCUACUUCUGAGUCCUGAGCGCAGGCGGAAGAAAGAUGUCCUUGGCACCCUUGCCCCGCCAGAAGAGACAAAAGGUGGCACGCAAAGCCAAACUUCUCUUCCCUCAUCAGGUACUGAGAUGCCCCGGAGGGCUUCACGUUCAAAUGCACCUCUUGUUUCGGCAGCUUGGGUUUUUUACCUGCAGCCUUCCUGUUCUGAGACAAAAACGCCAGAGGUGCCCAGAUGCUGAAUGGGCUGCCAAAUGCUCAGAUUGCAGUUGAGCCACUAGCUGCUCCCUCCGGCCAGAUACGUGCAAGGUGGCUCAGCAACGAGCUUGAGCAAGCUGCAACCUGAUGGGAAAUAUUGUCCGGGAACUCACCUUGGGGAAAUCAUGCUCCAAACACUUAGCAGAAGCUUUUCAGCUGAGCAAAUAGCGACAAAUACUCUUGCCUUCAACAGACUAACUGUACUAGUGGACUCUGUUAAAGAAAAUUCCAGUUCCCAAAGGGCCAAUCUCAAAUAUGUGCCCUAAUAUGAUGCUUGCAUUUCUGUGACCAAAUCGUGCAGAAGGUCAGCUGUGCAGCAGUUUCUUAGAUGCAUCUUGUGGCAACUGGAAUCCUGUAGAAAGCUGGCAAUUUGUGAUUCUUAGUCUUUUUUGAGCUGAUCUUUGGUGCUCACAUUUUCCUUGCCAGAUCCAAAAUUUUGGUAACAGAGGCUUUAAGAGUUACUGUGUCUGAAUGAAGCUCUAGGUCAGAUGGCCAAUCCUUCACCUGCGGUGCCACUAAAUGCUGCCUCAUAGCUGGGGGCUUUUCCUUGCCCAGCUCUUAGAGCCAAGUUUUUCAGCACUCAGACUCGGCUUAAGUCUGAAUCCCAGGAAAAUGGAGGGAGACUCCUGGAUUUCUGAUCCUUCCUCUCCAAUGAUAACCUUUUGCUAUCAUAUUUUCCAGAAAGCAGCUGGUCUGGUCAUCUGGAGGAGGAUUAUACUGAUUAAUUGGCUAGCACUGCAUUCAGGUUAUGGAAACCAGAGUAAACACUGUCAUUAGCAUUUCAGUAGCACUCCAGGCAAGAGCAGAAUGUUAUUUAUGUUAUGGGGCUCGGCCACAUGAAGUCUCCUGUGAAAGGAGCAAGACCUGGAGAGUAGGUGUGUGUCUUCUUUCUGUUUAGUAUCUAAAAUCAAAGCAAGCUAAUUCACUGUUGUAUAUUUUGCACUUCUUUAUUAAUGGAGGAAGCUAGGGCUUUGAUCUUACACUCCACUGGAUCUAGCUGGAGAAACGAAACUGUUGUAUAUGUUCCUCUUCCGCCUUUGAAUGCUGUCACUUUGGGCUUCCCAGGUUCAUUAAACCACACAAGUGAUUUCUUCA